AUGCACCCCUCCAACGUCUCAUCCCCAAAAACACUUCACGGCGACAACAAGCCGCGUCUGAUCCGGUGUCCGCCCGAUCGUCAGGCGAAUGUUCUGAUUGCGUCGGGCUUCUCCUGGUACGUAUCCGAGGUGAUGAUCCACCGCUACUUGCGGCAGAUCUUCCCUGAGGCAGAGCCGACGACGACGCGUCUUUACGACGACCCGGUGAACGGCGCGAGCCGAGGCCACUGCUUUAUCGAGUAUCCCACCCCCACCGGCGGAGGAGGGGGCCUUGAUGGCGGCACUCACACCCGCCCGUCGCCCGCGUCGGCGUCGCCAACGACCCCAAGUCCGUCUCUCGCCUUGGUCAAGCAGCGCAUCGAGGCAACCCCCUUCGAGCACACCUUCCUGACGGUCUCGCUGUACUACUUGACCAACCCCCGGUGGGAUCGCGGCGGGCGGCUGCCGGACCUCCCCACCGACCCCCCACCGCUGCGGCGAGAGGAGCAGAUGGGGUACGGCGACGAGGGUUUCGUGGUACGCUGCGGCCCGUUUCUUGGGCUCCCCAACACCAUCUCGGAGGAGGGAAAGGCGCAGCUCUCGGCGCUUCGGAAGCGAAUGCGAAAAGAAAAAUAUUCCUCGGAGCUGCCCCGCUCGCGCUCCAUCUCGUCUUUAAUCUCGUCUUCGGACUCUUCCAGUUCUUCUGAGGACUCGGAAACGGGGCGGCUCGAAUUUAUCAGUGUUUAG